UACAAAUUCACCUUCAUCAGUUUGAACUUCUUUUUUCCACACAUUUUUGGCGAAAUGCACAUAUUUCAGCAGCAGUGGUGGAACAUUUUCUCUACAGGAAUGUGGAGUUUGGCUUUGGCGCUUUCAUCCUUCUACUGUAACUAUUUACUUUGCAGUCCACUGCCUGUGACAUCAGGAGCCCGACUAUAUAAAUGAAUGGAAGUCGACUACUUUAAGAAAUACAACUUCUCCAUAGAAGAGGAAGGAGUGUAUGUUGAUACAAAAAGGAGCCUAGAAGACAGAGGCGAUGAAGAUCAGUCGAGGAGAAAUGCAGCUGAUUUGUUCUUUGCUGUUGUGCAUUAUCACCCAGGUGCGCGGCCAGUUGUGCACAGGGCCAUGUCAGUGUCCGUCCCAAGUGCCACAGUGUCCUGCUGGUGUUCCUCUGAUGCUAGACAGCUGCAGGUGCUGCCAGGUGUGUGCCAGGCAGGAUGGCGAGGCCUGCACUGAGCGGCUGCCCUGUGACACACACCAGGGGCUUCAGUGUGACUACAGCGCCAGCUUCCCCGGAGGAGCAGGACAGUGUGUCGGUCGAAAUGAACUUGGUUGUGAGAUAAACGGCAGGAGGCUGGAGGAGGGCCACGUGUUUCAGCCGUCCUGCGCUCAGCUCUGCCGCUGCCUGGGAGGAGGGGUUACCUGUGUUCCUCUGUGCAGCGAUGAGCUGCACAAACCUGUGGAUAACUGCCCCAACCCUCAGCUGGUGCGACUGCCAGGGCGCUGCUGCAAAGAGUGGCAGUGUGAUGGUCUGGACAACAGUAUUUCCCCAAACCCCUCAGGAGCAGAGCAGGCACGCCAGGACCACAGGGGAGGGCUGGCUGGUCCAUUGUUUGGCCCGGUCUCCAACUGCAUUGAGUGGACCUCAGACUGGAGCCCCUGCUCUCACAGCUGCGGCCCAGGUGUCUCCACUCGCACCACAACCAGGAACCCUGCCUGUUUCCUGCAGGCUGAGACCAGACUGUGCCAGGUCAGGCCAUGCCAAGUGCUGCUUCCAGGGAUCCACAGGCUGGAACCGGGGUUGCGGGUGUGCAAGGGCAGCUACACCUCUCCUGUGUCCAUCCAUCUUGAACACCAGGGCUGCUGGAGCACCAGAGCCUACCGCCUCAGGUUCUGUGCUCUCACCUGUCCAGAGCGAGGCUGCUGCAGCCCCUCCCACACAAGGACAGUGUGGAUGGUCUUCCGCUGCCCCCAAGGCAGACUGACCCAGCAUCAGGUGAUGCUGAUCGAGUCCUGCUCCUGCAGUAUCGUCAACUGCAACCAUUUCCCGGCCACAGCUGUCCGCGGUGUCUUUCCCUGGAUGUGAGGUGCAUCCAGUUAUGAGACAGACAGACAGACAGACAGACAGGCGGGUCCCGUCUGUGAAAAAUACUAGAGAAUGAAAAUGUUCUAAGCACACAGACGUAAUAAUCUGGGCAAGAAGGAAGUUGAGGCAGUGUUUCAAAAUGAUAGAAAUUCUACAAUCAGGAAGUGAAAGUUUACAAUUGCACAAUAAUUGAUGUCAAUCUUAAUAUGCACUCAGGGUUGAAAGAACAAACUGCGAUGUAUGCAGAAAUCAAUAUCCACGAUUAUUUCCAUUUUCCUAAUUCAUUAUAUUUCUAUAUUCACUAUUUCAGCUCUUUCCACAAAACCAGAUUUAUAUUUAAAUAAGGAAUCCCCUACCCGCCUGCAAAAUUAACAGAAAAUGAGUCAACUGUGUUUCCUUCCAGUUCGACAGUCCCGUUGAUCAUUAUCUACCCUGCACCAAACAGCAGACAGACAGGGUAAGUGAUGAGCUGAUGACACCUUUAUCAACAUUUAUCACCCAGGAACUCAAAUACGAAACAAAACAUAUUAAACAUACCCAGUACAUUUGUUGUCUGGAUUCACUGAUCCUAACACUGAAGACAAAACUGGUUAUAAACUUAAUGUUUCCCAGAUACUGGGGACAUGUACAGGAGGCAGGGUCUUACAUAUAUAAUAUGCAAAAAUAAUUAAUAAACUAUUCCAACACUGCUUUACAUGCAUAGAAAUAAAAAUAAAUAUUGUUUCUGCUUCAACUUCUGGGUCAAACCCGUAUGAAACAUCAGAGUGACGAAAAGAAAUGUUUGCUACUACCAGUAAGCCAGUGUGUUGUCUUUGGUUUUUUGUGUUUAAUUGUGUGUAUUUGUCACUGGUGGAUGGCCGUCUGGUGUGAAUUCUGCCGCUAAAGCUCUCCCCAUAAAGUGCAAAUGCACAUAGAAACCAAACACGACAACAGUUCUGUUCUGAUUGAGAAACAUCUAGACAAAAGUACAUACUGUGCAUUUACUUACAAAACAGCCCGGUUCCUCCCACACAUCUGAACUGCAUUCUUGAAUUGUGUUUCAUAAGGCGAAAUAUUUUCUCCCAGAUUCCAUUUGUUUUCUGAUUAUGUCACAAUAGUGAUGCAUUUCACACGUAUUUGAGGUGAAAUUCUUACCCUGGAGGUGAAGAGGUCAGUGUGGCUGCAUGUGACAACUCCACCCCAGUUUGAGACCAUGGUCGAGACAGAACGUUGCAACCACAGUAGUGGGUUUUAACAUCACUUUGAGGGCAUUCGAUGUGUUUUAAACCUCAUGUCCAUGUGGGCCCCAUAGCAGUUGUGUUCAACACAAGUGGGGCCACCAAGGAAACCAUGGACAAACCCACUUGGGACCCAUAUUGUCAACCCAAAUAUAACCCGCAUUGCCAUGCUGGCUGGGUAAGUCCAUAAUUGCUGCUUUAUGUCAUUUGUUAAAGCCCUCUUCACAUUAAACUGCUUUAUCCUCCACAUGAGGGUCGCGGGGGGCACUAAUGUCAAUCCCAGCUGACGUAGAGCAAAUGGCAGGGUACACACUGGGCAGUUCGCCAGUCCAUCACAGGGCCACACAGAGACAAACAAUCUACUCUCCCACCUAUGGUCAAUUUAGAGUUCCCAAUUUGCCUGAUCCCCAAAUAUGCAUGUUUUUGGACUGUGGGAGGAAAGCCCACACACACAGGAAGAACAUGCAAACUCCAUGCAGAAAGGCCCUUGUUCCGACCGCGUCACAUUGACAUUGUAGUGAAAUUCUAGAAAUCUUCCCACCCCCAUACAUCUCUCUGUUCUCUCAUCAAAGCUCUGACCACAAAACACCAGUGAUAAUAAUUAGUCAUGUUUAGGGCUACAGAUGGUGCAUUUUUUUUUCCCUCCACUUUUGUUUAUUGAUGGCUAUAUAGAUUAAAAAAAACUGUUGGUACCAAUCACAGACUGUGGGUAAACAGUGAGUGUCAUAAAUAUCUUGACCUGCUUUUACUCAGCCUGGUGCUGGUGGAGAUUGUUUAAGAUGCACUUCAAAACCUUGAUUAUCAACAUGAUUUAAUCCAGGUUUUAUUUAAAAAUACAAACAAAUGGAAACUCCAAAUAAUCCGGUGUGAUUUAAAGGGGCGGUAAACUCAUGCUCUGAUUACACUUCCUGUUAAUACUGCAACUACAACACAAUGGAAAAACUUCAAACAAUACAUUAAUGACCCCUUCAGUGAGAGUAACAUGUGACAAAGUGAAGUGCAAGCAAUGAUUGAUUAUUACACAUUACUGGGAGAGAAAGGGCAGUAGGAACAAUCUUUUAUAAGUUUAAUAUUUUUAUUCAAGUAUCUUUGUCUUUUUGUCUGAUGAUAAACAAACCAUUGUAAACAUGUGAUACAGCUGACAAAGUCAAGUCAGACAGAGGUAGUGAAUGUGUGAUGAGCUCAGCUUGACCGAAAUGUUCAUUUAUAAUCCUGAUACUGAUCGAUAUGUGCAACCCUUUUCUAAUAAAAAAAACA